CCAAAGAGCCGCGCUGGAAGACGCAGAGAAACCCGGCACGCCAUUCUGCCAAACUGCUCCAACAACGACGCGUGCACGCCUGGGACGCGCAUAGUACGCCGUCGGGCAGCCGCAGCCAUGCGGUCAUAACUCGCCCGCACCCCUAGCUCGACGACGGCACCGCUGCAGACACCACAGAAGCCACAGCAUGCGCACCCUCCUCCUCCUCCUCACCGUAGGAAGCGCCUACCGCACGGGCAGGACCAAGAUCCAACGACGAGAGCCCUGGGUCGUCGUUGAAAGGUUCUGCUUUGAAGGGCGAAGCACACUAGACUACUCCGUAAAAACGACGGGCGGCACGCGGAUGUACAUCUACGGCAGUAAAGACCAGAAGAGUUUCCGAGAGAAGGUCGACAAGAAGGCCUACCAGGCCAUGAGCCUGCAGAAGCGCUUCGAGCGAGCUGAUUCCGAGGUCGUGCUCGCGCCUGGUACCACUUCUUCCGGUAGUUUGAAGUUCGCGGUCGAGUCGGGCCAGACCUUCGUGCAUAUUGUAAUAGCGAACUUCAACGCGUCGUGCAACGCCAUUUGUGUGGACCAGUUUUCCUGCAAUGCGGAGUUUUCGAAGCGGUGCUACGGUCCUGUUGAAGUGGAAUACGACAUGACCUUCCGAGAUGGAGCGUCCGAGCACGGCCGCGACGAGCGGGGCGCGAACGUGUUGUACGGCGUGUUCGCGGCAUUGUAUGCGCUCUUUGUUGGGUUGUCAUGUGCGGUCGAAGGUUUAUUAGUACGAGAGGACAAAAGGCACGCGACGUGUCGAAUUUUGAUGAGGAGCGUGUGGGUCGCGGCGCUGUCUAUAUGGUUUAGGAUGCUCCACCACGCCAUCUACGCGAACGACGGCAAGGGCGCGCCGAAGCUCGUAAACGCGGCGAUGGCGUUUUCACUGGUCGCGGACUGCGGCGUGUUAUUAGCGCUGGCUUUAUGUGCCGAGGGCUGGCGGAUUGUUCGCCGAAAAAUAGCCGUCCGGGGCCGCAUCCGCGUCGCGUUACUGAUCACGACUUAUAGUAUAGCGGCGGCAUGCAUCUGGGGCUGGUACGGGACGCGGCGCCGAAAAUGAACUCGAGCUUGACGGGGUCGCCUCGACGGCGUCGCGCCGCGCAGGUACGUCUCUACCUACAAGCACUCGACGUCGCCGUCACUACGAGAGACGGCGCCGGGGCGGGGUCUGGUCGGUCUGCGCGUCGUCGCCGGCGCCAUCGUCAUUGCAAGACUGCUCCAGCAAUCAGAUAGAUUCAUGGCAUCAAAAAGAGAGUUCUACCAGGUGCUGUUCGGCCUGAUCGUCGGGUGGAGCGCGGUCUGGCCCGUGGCGCUCAUCGCCGCGACCGUAGCUCGUCCCGCAGAUAAAGACAUGGCCUUCGACGGGUGUCUCGUCGUCGCGGAGUUCCUCGUGCAGGCUCUACUCGUGUACUGCUGCAAGCCGGGCUCUCCCCUAUUUCCGUUCCACGCGAACGUCGUCACCUGCGCGGAAAUCAACUAGGUUAUCGUCGCGUCGAUGGCGUGGGCGCCCGUGAAAUGGAGUUGCACACAGGUCGUCAACGCCGCCGCGAACCCCACGGCCGGGCUGUGGGGCGCGGCCCGCUCUGGUGGUAUGAGUGAUCCGCGCUUCCAGAGCGUGUCGGGCGGGAGGGGCGCCAACACGAAUUCGGCGAACCAAUACGUUAUAAAUGACGGCUUCGAGGCUUUGCACGUGCGCCGCCUGAAGCACGUUUGGCAACACUUGACCGAAAGAUUGGACGCCGUCGAGGAUUCGGCGCGCGAAUUAGCUACCGCCGUCGCUUUGGCCGACGUCGACGACGAGCCUCCAGCUAGGUUUCCGGGGCAACCGGACACGCCGACGCCGCUGCAGUCGCGGCGCGGGACGCCGCGGACCGAGGCCGCGCAGGACCGGGCCGCGGAGCUCCUCGCCGGGCGCGAGACGGAGCUGCCGCGGCGGAAUAAGUCGCCGCCGCGGACGCCGCCGCGAGGCGACUCUCCGCGGCGGCCAGGUGGGCCAGAUACGCCCUCCGCGCGCCGGAAGAAGCGCUCGCCGCCGCGGACGCCGCCCCCCGACGAGGACCCGCCGCCGCGGAGGCGCUCGGACGGCGACGGCCGGCCGCCCCGGCAGGACGGCGGCAGCGCUCCCGUGUCGCGCCGGUCAUCGGACGCGUACAGCGGCGAGCCAGCUAGUACGGAGGGCGCCGACCCACGGGACGAAGGGACCGUGCGCGGCGACCCAGAUGUCGAGAAGCUGGCGCCGCCGUAAUUCAAUUCAAGUCACUAGUAGACCGUGACAGAACAGGCGUCGGGGCAGGCCGCGUAAGAACUACUGUACUAACUUACCAAAAAGA